AAAAACAGUUAAACAACAAAUACAACAAAAUCAAGAUGAACAACAUCAACACAGCAAUCAUUGGAGCAGCCCUCGCCCACAAAUGAGCGCCCUCCUCGUACUCCUACUGACAAUGGUAGCCAUCAACAACUUGGACAGCUUCCUAACCCCGGCAACGGCAACCCUGCUCGGCGAGGCGCGACUUCGACAGAGUCCAACAGGCGUGCGACUUGGCGAGGGCGCCGGCAGCAGCUCGAUAGCCGCAUCGAAUGUGCCAUGCCCACCGGAAAUGUUUCGCUGCAACAACGGUAAAUGCAUAACAUCGCAUUGGGUGUGCAAUUAUCAGAAGGACUGCCGACGAGGCGAGGAUGAGAUGCAGUCGUGUCCGCCGCCCGAAUGCGAGACACCCCAGCUGAACUGCGGCCAAUAUGUCUUCAAUAAGACGUACUGCAUCCCACCGCAUUAUCGCUGCGAUAUGAUCGAGGACUGCCAGGACAAGUCAGACGAAGCGCAGUGCACUCAUCGCAAAUGCCAACACACAGACGUCUUUUGCAACGCUGCGAAUGGUGCAGCUCCGGCUGAGGGACGCCUGACUGGACCGUGUGUGCCCAAGGAGAAGCGAUGCGAUGGCUACCUGGACUGUCGCACCGGUCGCGACGAGGAUGGCUGCAAUGGCGUCGCCUGUCACCUGGAUCAAUUCCGCUGCGCCAAUGGACACAAAUGCAUUGAUGCGGCGCUGAAAUGUAACCAUCGCAACGAUUGCGGCGACAACUCGGACGAGCAGGGCUGCAACUUCCCGCCCUGCCAUCAUGCGCAGUUCCGCUGCACGAAUGCGCUGUGCAUUCCAUACAAUUUCCACUGCGACGGCUACCACGACUGCGCCGAUGAGAGCGACGAGGCCAACUGCACGGCCAUCGCCUGUCCUGAUAACAAGUUCCUCUGCCCACGUGGCGGCGUCAAUGGUGCACCCAAGUGCAUCCUCAAAUCGCAACUGUGCGACGGCAAGCGCGACUGUGAGGAUGGCAGCGACGAGGAGACGGCAUGUUCCAUCGCCUCCUGUCCCGCGCUGAGCUGUGAGUUCAAAUGCGGCCCCUCCCUGACUGGCGGCGUGUGCUAUUGCCGACCCGGCCAGAGUCUGGCGCCAGACAAUCGCACCUGCAUCGAUCUGGACGAGUGUGCCGAGUGGGGCCACUGUGAUCAAUUGUGCACAAAUACGCCCGGUAGCUACACAUGCCAGUGCGCCCAGGGCUAUACGCUAAUCAACGAGUCCAAGUGCAUUGCACCCGAUGCGAACAAUCUGCAGCUGAUAUUCGCCCAUGAUCGGGCCAUCAUGCGGAUGUUCGCCCACGACAGCGAUCCCAAGGUGCUGGCAAAUGCAACCGCUGCCGCUGGCGUUGCCUUCCAUUAUGCCCGCAAUACGCUCUAUUGGUCGGAUAUUAAGACACGGAAAGUGCAAUCGCUGCCAUUGGAUGUGCUAAACAGCGCUGUGGCGCCGCUGGAUCAAACGCUGCCCGGCACUUGGGCACCGGUUGCAUUGGCUGUCGAUUGGGUGGGUGAUAAGAUCUAUGUUGCUGAUUUGGUUGGUCAGAAAAUCGAUGUGUUUGAGCUGAGCGGACAUUGGCAUGCCGUUGUCCUUGGCUCGAAUUUGACCAGUCCCGCUGAUUUGGCACUGGAUCCGACCGCUGGUCUGAUGUUUGUCGCCGAUGGCGGCCAAGUGCUGCGCGCCCAUAUGGAUGGCACCCAUGCCCGUUCAAUUGUAUCGGAAGCGGCAUACAAGGCGAGUGGCGUCACUGUCGACAUUAUUGGGAAGCGUGUCUUCUGGUGCGACUCCCUGCUGGACUACAUCGAAUCCGUUGACUAUGAGGGUGGACAGCGAGUGAUGGUGCUGCGGGGUCAGCAGGUGCCGAGUCCAUCGCGUCUGGCCCUGUUCGAGAAUCGAAUUUAUUGGACUGAUGCCACCAAGCAGGGCAUUAUGUCCGUCGACAAGUAUGAGGGUCCCAGCUCCAUUCAGGUGACCUACAAGGCCAAGGACAUACGCGAACCGAAGGGCAUCAUAGCGGUGCAUGCGCUCAGUCAGCCGCAUGUCUCGAAUCCUUGCGGCCACACCAACGGCGGCUGCAAUCACAUGUGUAUUGUGACGGCCGUUAAGGGAGCACCGACGGGACUUGGGUUCCGUUGUGCCUGCCACACCGGCUACCAAUUGCAAACGGAUCUGAAGAACUGUAAACUGGUGCGAGAGUUCCUCAUGUAUUCGCAGCAGCGGUUUAUCAAGGGCAAGGUCCUCGAACCGGUUAUUGAGGGUUUCAGUGAUGCGAUCCUUCCCGUUGUCUCGCGACGCGCUCGCUUUGUCGGCCUCGAUUUUGAUGCACGCGACGAGUUCAUUUACUACUCGGAUGUACUGCAGGAUGUCAUCUAUCGGGUGCAUCGCAACGGCACCGGUCGCGAAAUUGUCCUCGCCUCACAGAAUGAAGGCGUUGAGGGUCUCGCUGUCGAUUGGGCAUCCAAGAAUCUGUACUAUAUCGACUCACGCAAGGGCACACUGAAUGUGCUUUCCACCCGGAAUGUCACGCAUCGUCGAACAUUGCUCAAGAAUUUGAAGCGUCCGCGCGCCAUCGUUGUACAUCCGAAUCGGGGAUAUAUAUUCUUCUCCGAAUGGGAUCGUCCGGCGAAUAUAACGCGUGCGAAUACCGACGGCACUGGCCUUUUGGUAUUCCGCAACGUGACUCUCGGCUGGCCCAACGGCCUCUCCAUCGACUUCAAGGAGGAUCGUGUGUACUGGUGCGAUGCUCUACUAGAUCAUGUACAGCAUGCCAAUCUCGAUGGCACGGACAUCAAGACGGUUAACUCUCGCCUCGUCCGUCAUCCGUUCUCCAUUGUAAUACACAACGAUUGGAUGUACAUCACGGACUGGCGACUCGAUGCAAUCAUUCGGCUGCACAAGCUCACCGGCGAACAGGAGGAAAUGAUGGUCCGCGAACCGCAAACGAAUCGAUUGUAUGGUGUCAAAGUCUACAGUCGCGAUGUGCAGCGUAUCGCUGAAACACAGCCAUGCCACCUGUACAAUGGAGGCUGCCAGAAGAUAUGCUUUGCCAUACCCAUCUCACAGAAUACCAGCGAAAUGACGACAACAGCUGGUGCUGCGAGCCGUUUGCAAUCGCGUUGCUCCUGUCCGUAUGGCGAACGAUUGGCCGAUGAUCAGAUCAGCUGCAUUCCCGAUCCCAGUGCCGAGCCACCCGUCCAGCCCUGUCCCAAUUUAUGGGACUUCACCUGCAACAAUCAGCGUUGCAUACCCAAGUCCUGGGUCUGUGACGGCGACGAUGACUGUCUGGAUAACAGCGAUGAGGAACAAAAUUGCACAAAACCGACCUGCGGCUCGAAUGAGUUCCAAUGCAAAUCGGGUCGCUGCAUUCCGCUGAACUUCCGGUGCGACCAGGAAAACGAUUGCGGCGAUAACUCGGAUGAAGUGGACUGUGGCAAUGUGACCUGUGCAACAUCUCAGUUCGCCUGUGCGAACGGUCGCUGCAUUCCCAGCAUGUGGAAGUGCGAUAGCGAGAAUGAUUGCGGCGACAGCAGCGAUGAGGGUGACUUCUGUGCGGAGAAGACCUGUGCAUAUUUCCAGUUCACUUGCCCAAGGACGGGGCAUUGUAUACCGCAGAGUUGGGUGUGCGACGGCGACGACGAUUGCUUCGAUAGGCAGGAUGAGAAGGACUGUCCACCGAUUAGCUGCUUGGCCAAUCAGUUUAAGUGCGCCGAUCUGCGGCAGUGCGUCGAAGAGUCCUACAAAUGCGAUGGCAUACCCGAUUGCAACGACGGCAGCGAUGAGCUUGGCUGCCCUUCGAUGGGUCCCAAUCAGUGCAAUUUGGAGAAGCAUUUCCGAUGCAAAUCGACUGGUUUCUGUAUACCGAUUGCUUGGCACUGUGAUGGAUCCAAUGACUGUUCGGAUCACUCAGACGAAGAGGAUUGCGGCCAGAUCACCUGUGCCCAGAACUUCUUCAAAUGCAACAACACAAACUGUGUGUUCAAGGCGUACAUCUGCGAUGGCAAGGACGAUUGUGGUGACAACUCUGACGAGGGUACCGAGCAUGCCUGUGUGCCGCCACCCUUCAAGUGUCCACACGGUCAGUGGCAGUGUCCGGGCGUUGCCGAACGCUGCGUGAACAUCACCUCGGUUUGUGACGAUACGAUGGACUGUCCCAAUGGUGCCGAUGAGGGUGAGGGCUGUGAUCUGGCCGAGUGUGCACAUCAGACGGGUCAGUGCUCCAGUUUUUGCCAGAAGACGCCCAGCGGUGCGCUCUGUGUGUGUCCACCCGGCUCGGAGAUUGGCCAAGACGGUUUCACCUGCGUGGAUACCAAUGAAUGCGAUCCACCCGGUCUCUGUUCGCAGGAAUGCACGAACACAAAAGGUUCCUAUUUCUGCUCCUGCACACCCGGCUAUGUGCUCGGCCCUAAUAAGCAUACGUGCAAGGCUGUCAAUCAUACGGCUGCCUUCCUGAUCAUCUCGAAUAGGCAUUCGAUACUGGUCGCCGAUCUAAAGGAGCAGGGACUGGAGCGUGUGCCCAUCAUUGUGGAGAAUGUGGUUGCGACCGCUUCGAAUAUGCACACGGGCACCAUUUUCUGGAGCGACAUGAAACUGAAGAAGAUAUCGCGUUUGGAUCAUGGUAUGGAGCCACAGGAGAUUAUCAACACCGGCCUAGAUUUGGUGGAGGGUCUGGCCUACGAUUGGAUUGCCAAGAAUCUCUACUGGCUGGACAGCAAACUGAACACGAUUGAGGUGUCCGCCGAGAACGGGUCCAAUCGAUUGGUGCUCGUUCGAGAGAAUAUAACACAGCCGCGUGGCAUGUGCAUUGAUCCCAGUCCCGAGGCCCGCUUCAUUUUCUGGACUGACUGGGGCGAGAAUCCGCGUGUCGAAAGGAUCGGCAUGGAUGGCACCAUGCGCAAGACUAUCAUCAAUACGAAGAUCUACUGGCCCAAUGGCCUGACAUUGGAUAUUGCGACGAAACGCGUCUAUUUUGCCGACUCCAAGCUGGACUUUAUUGACUUUUGCUACUACAACGGUACGGGGCGUCAGCAGGUGCUAGCCAGCAGUCAUUAUCUGUUGCAUCCACACUCGCUGUCUCUGUUCGAGGACACGCUCUACUGGACAGAUCGUCAGCUGAACCGUGUACUGUCUGCAAAUAAGUUCCGUGGCAAGAAUCAAACCGUUGUCUCCCAUCUAAUUAGCCAACCGCUGUCGAUACACGUGCAUCAUGCAUCACUGCAACCGAUGUAUCCGAAUCCGUGUGCCCAGGCCCGCUGUCAGCAUCUGUGCCUGCUCAGUCCCAGUGCCAGCGAGGGUUACUCAUGCAAAUGCAAACCAGGCUAUCGAUUGCUCAGCGAGGGUCGGUGUAUCGAAGAGGAGAAUCCCUAUCUGAUGGUUGUCAAGGGUACCCAAAUUGUUGACUUACCGCUGAACGGCGGCGAUGCCAGAGCCGGUGCGUUGGCGCCCGUUAUUGGCAUUGAGAGCAGCACUGGCCUGGACUUUGACCGGAAGGGUGAGACGUUGUAUUGGGUGCAGGGACGUGAGGAUGACGACGAGAAUUGCACCAUCUUUACGACACCCUACGGCGGCGGCAAUAAAACACUUUUCCUCGACAUCGAUACGGGCAUUGUGGGAGCACCGUAUACCAUCGCAUUCGAUUGGCUCGGCCGCAAUCUGUACAUCGGCAAUCGAGUGGCCAGCAACAUUGAGGCUGUUCGUGUGGAUGGCAAGCAAAAGUAUCGCACUGUCAUAUUAGCGAACGAUGGUAGCGAGAAUUCCGUGUCCAAGCCCAAGCAACUGGUGCUCGAUCCAAGUGAGGGUAAACUGUUCUGGAUCGAUGAGGGUGUACUCGAGGUGCCGGUGAAAAUUGCACGGGUCGAUAUGAAUGGGCAGGAUGCGCGUGUACUGCGCAAGGACCUCAAACAUCCGGAGAGCAUUGCCCUCGACAUUGAGAAGAAGAUGAUCUACUACAGUACCAGCCACUCAGCAUCGAUCUGUUCGAUGGACUACAAUGGUGAAGAUCACACGAUCAUACUCAAUGAGGACCAGGCCAUAUCGCGUCCACGCAGCCUGGGUGUCCUCGACCAUCGCCUAUAUUACCUGGACCCGGUGUACGAGAAAAUUGUGCGAGUUGAUUUGCCGCGAGGUGAUAAUCCCAAGACAAUUGUCGACAACGAGCCCGAUUUGCGUAGCAUGAUGAUCUACAAGAAGCGGGCACUCAUGCAGCAUCCCUGCCAGACGGGCAACGGUGGUUGCAAGCAGCUCUGCAUACCAGGAGCUGCUGCAUCGCGGACAUGUGCCUGCGGCAUUGGCUACCACAAGGAGAACGAGAUCAAUUGCGUGGCGUACAAGACAUUUGCCGUCGUCUCCCAACUGGACAUGAUACGCGGUUACAGUCUAACCGAUAGCUCGGAAGCAAUGGUACCCGUCAGCGGACAGGGUCAUCAUAUACUGCAUGUGGACGUGAUGUUCCGUGAUCAGUGGAUCUACUGGGCGGAGUUCAAUCGCGGCUACUGGAACGGCAUCUUCCGUUCGCGACCCAACGGCACAGAUGUGCAGCAUGUGGUCAAGGAUGGCAUCGGUAGCAAUGGCAUACGCGGCUUGACCAUUGACUGGGUGGCUGGCAACAUGUACUUCACAAACGUCUAUCCGCAUGAGAACUAUGUGGAGGUCUGUUGGCUGGAUGGCAGCAAUCGCAAGGUGCUCGUCAAGACGACCAACGAUGCGCCGCGUGAGUUGGCCGUCAAUCCGAUCAAGCGACUGCUCUACUGGAUCGAUUACGGUCAGCAUCCGCGUAUUGGCAAAGCGAUGCUCGAUGGCAGCAAAUGGCAGCCCUUGGUCACAUCGGGCAUAUCGUUGCCACGUGAUCUCACCAUCGAUAUGCAGACGCACGAUGUGUUUUGGGUUGACUCCAAGCUGGACACCAUACAGAAGAUCUCGUAUAAUGGCGUCAAUCGCAAGGUGAUCCGACGUGAUCUGCCCAAUCCGAUGGGCAUUGCCAUUUUCCGCAACGAUGUCUACUGGGUGGAUCGCAAUCUGAUGACAGUGUUUAAGGCAUCCAAGCUGUUUGGCAACGAUACCGAAGUCACACGAGUGCGCACCAAUCUCGAAAAGUUGCGCGACAUUGCCAUCUAUGACAUUAACAACCAGCCGGCCGAUGAUAAUAAUCCCUGCGCUCAACUGGGUAACGGCGGCUGCGAUCAGCUAUGCUUCAGUUUUCCACCCGAACCCUCAACGGCGAAGAACUAUCGUUGCGAUUGCGCCACAGGAAAACUGGGUGCCGAUAAUCACACAUGUGAGACGGUCAAUGAGUAUUUGGUGUUCGCGACCCGAACGGAGAUUCGAGCAGUUAAUUUGAAUCCGCAUUCAACGGAGGUGCCAUUUACGCCCCUUUCAAAUCUGACCAAUGUGGUCGGUGUAGACUUUGAUUUUGCCGGCAAUCGCAUGCUGUACACCCAGAUCCGGCCAUGGGCGAAAAUUGCCUACACGCAGGCGAAUAAGCCAAGCCACAGCGAUAUCACUGUGGUCCUCAACAAGGGCAUCAAUCCGGAGGGCAUUGCGUACGACUGGACGCAGAGCAAGAUCUAUUGGACGGAUAGCUCGAAUAACUCCAUUUAUGCGAUGAAUCUCGUUGGCACAGAACUGGUGAUGAUUGCACGGGUCGAACGCCCACGUGCCAUUGUCCUCGAUCCAUGCAAUGGGACACUCUUCUUCACUGACUGGGGUCGCUUCGGUACCUCCGGCAAGAUAUUCCGCACAACGAUGGCCGGCUCGCUGAAGCGGGCCAUUGUCGAUAAGGAGCUGUCACAGCCCAGUGGUCUGGCCAUAGACUAUGACGACCGUAAGCUAUACUGGACGGAUGCGGUGCGCGAGAAAAUUGAACGCGCCGAUUUGGAUGGUCGGAAUCGGGAACUGCUUGUAGCGGCUACCAUUUAUCCGUUUGCGAUCACCGUGUUCCGCAACUACAUCUACUGGACGGACGUCCAACUGCGUGGCGUUUAUCGGGCCGAGAAGCAUACGGGCGCCAAUAUGGUGGAGAUGGUGAAGCGAUUGGAGGACUCGCCACGCGAUAUACGGAUCUUUAGCUCCGAUCGGCAGAAGUGCAAUGUGAAUCCGUGCCGCAUUAAUAACGGUGGAUGUGCGCAAAGCUGCCAUCCGGCACCGAAUGGCAAGGCUGAAUGCAAAUGCGAUGAGAACUCCAAGGUCGUCAAUGAGGGUCGCAUGUGUGCGCCCCGAAAUAAUACGUGCGAGUCGAGCAAGUUCUAUUGCCAGAAUGGCAAGUGCAUUUCACGGAUGUGGUCCUGCGAUGGUGAUGACGAUUGCGGUGAUAAUUCCGAUGAGGAGCUUAACUAUUGUGCCUAUCAUUCGUGCUCGCCAAAUGAGUUCCGCUGCAAUAACGGUCGCUGCAUCUUCAAGUCGUGGAAAUGCGAUCACGAGAACGACUGCAAGGAUGGCUCCGAUGAGCUUAACUGCAGCUAUCCGCCCUGUGUCGAUGGCGAGUUCACCUGCGCAAAUGGACGCUGUAUUCCGCAGGCGCAGGUCUGCAAUGGUGUCAACGAUUGCAAGGAUAACGCCACCUCGGAUGAAACGCAUGAACGCUGUCCCAUGAACACCACAUGUCCACCCAACCAUCUCAAGUGCGAGAAGACAAACAUCUGUGUCGAACCCUAUUGGCUGUGCGAUGGCGAUAACGAUUGUGGCGAUAACUCCGACGAGGAUCCCCUGCACUGUGGUCAGCGCACCUGUCCAACGAACAGCUUCCGCUGCCCGAAUCAUCGAUGCAUUCCGGCCACCUGGUAUUGCGAUGGUGACGAUGACUGCGGCGAUGGUGCCGACGAGCCGCCAGAUUACUGCAAAUCCGAGGGUCGCACCUGCUUUGGCGAUCUAUUCACCUGCGACAAUGGCAAUUGCAUUCCACGCAUCUAUAUCUGUGAUGGCGACAACGACUGUCUGGACAACAGCGAUGAGGACAACCGGCAUCAGUGCAACGAUCGGAAAUGUGACGAAGAGACUGAGUUCACGUGCGUGGAGAACAAGUCGUGGCAGCGGGCCCAGUGCAUACCCAAAAAGUGGAUAUGCGAUGGGGAUCCCGAUUGUGUUGAUGGCGCCGAUGAGAAUACAACGCUCCACAAUUGCGCCACCCAACAGCCAUGCGGUGAGGAUAUGUUUACCUGCGGCAACGGUCGCUGUAUCAACAAGGGCUGGAUUUGUGAUCAUGACAAUGAUUGCGGCGAUGGCACUGAUGAGGGCAAAUUCUGCAAUUCCAAAUACAAGACGUGCUCCCCAUUGGAGUUCACGUGCCAGAACUUCAAGUGUAUACGCAAUCAAUAUCGAUGCGAUGGCGAAGACGACUGCGGCGACCAUUCCGAUGAGGUCAACUGUAAGAAGGAGAAUGUCACCUGUGCCCACGGACAAUUUGCCUGCACCAAUGGCCAAUGCAUCGAUUACAGUCUGGUCUGUAACAAAGUGGCCGACUGCACAGACGAAUCCGAUGAGCCCGCCCACUGCAAUGUGGAUGAGUGCGCCAAGGUCGAGAUCAAUCAAUGUGGCCACAAGUGCGUGGAUACCCUAACCGGCUACUACUGUGACUGCAACGAGGGCUACAAGCUUCUGGCCGAUGGAAAAGCAUGCGCGGAUGUGGAUGAAUGUUUGGAACAACCGGGUGCCUGUUCGCAGCACUGCUCGAAUACGCCAGGCAGCUUCUACUGCAAAUGCGACGAGACCUACUAUGAGCGACAGAACGAUGAGCAUACUUGCAAGCGCAAGGAUAACAUUCCGCCGUGGCUGAUCUUCACCAACAAGUACUAUGUGCGCAACAUGUCAGUCGAUGGCCAUCAAUAUAACCUGAUGCAUCAGGAUCUGAUGAAUGUGGUGGCCCUCGACUUUGAUAUCAAGGAUCAGUAUAUGUAUUUCUGUGAUGUGACAGCCAAGACGAUAUUCCGUGCCAAAUACUCGGAUGCCAGCGUUGAUCUACCAACGGAACGUGAGGCUGUCAUCCGGCAUGAUUCGCAUGGCUUGGAGGGCAUCGCGAUUGAUUGGGUCGGUCGCAAACUCUACUGGCUGGACAGGCACUCAAAGAAUCUGGAUGUCUCCGAACUGGAUGGCACCAAGCGCAAAACGCUGCGCAGUGGUGUCGUUGAUCCCCGUGCGAUCGUUGUACAUCCGGGCAUUGGUUACUUGUACUUCACAUCCUGGCAUCUGCAGGCCUACAUCGCCAAAAUGGGCAUGGAUGGCUCGAAUUUUACGCGCAUUCUUAACUGGAAUGAUGGGAUCGCGUGGCCAAAUGCCCUAUCCAUUGAUUAUUUCACGGAUCGCAUUUAUUGGGCCGAUGCACAUUUGGAUUACAUUGCAUACACGGAUCUGGAGGGACGUCAUCGUCACAUUGUCCUAUCUGGCAACAGUGUGCCGCAUGUGUUUGCGCUGAGCCUGUUCGAUGACUUCAUCUACUGGAGCGAUUGGAAUCUCAAGGCAAUUGUGCGCGCCAAUAAGUUCCAUGGCGCCAAUUACACGGUCCUACGAAAUACAACACAUCGUCCAUAUGAUCUGCACAUUAAUCAUCCGCUACGGCAAUUGCCCUAUACAAAUCCGUGCGGCACGAAUAACGGCGGUUGUUCGCAUCUGUGUCUGAUAGCACCGCCCCCGGAGUCCACCUACCUGAAUAUCGAGGGCUACAUUGAGGAGGGUGCACCGAUCUUCAAGUGCGCCUGUCCCAAUCAGUUCUAUCUGGCGCGCGACUCCAAGACGUGCAUAGCCAACUGUACGGCCGGGCAGCACUUGUGCGGCGGCAGCGAUGAGAAGUGUAUACCCUGGUUCUGGAAAUGCGACGGCGAGAAGGACUGCAAGGAUGGCUCCGAUGAGCCGAGCACCUGUACACCGCGCCACUGUCGCGCCGGCACCUUCCAAUGCAAGAACACCAACUGCACCCCAUCCGCCACGAUCUGUGAUGGCGUCGAUGACUGCGGCGAUGGCAGCGAUGAGCAGAACUGCGAACUGCCCUGUCCGCUAUCCGAUUUCAAGUGCAAGACGAGUGGACGCUGCAUCCUCGACAGCUGGCGCUGCGAUGGCGAUGCCGAUUGCAAGGAUGGCAGCGAUGAGGAUCCCCUUGUCUGUCACAAGCGCAGCUGCGAUCCGGACACGGAGUUUUCCUGCAAGAAUGGACGCUGCAUUCCGCAGCUGUGGAUGUGCGACUUUGACAAUGACUGCGGCGACGAUUCCGAUGAACCGGCUUACAUGUGCCGUCAGAGGAACUGCACCACCGGCUGGCAGCGCUGCCCUGGCCAAUCGAACUAUCGCUGCAUACCCAAGUGGCUGUUCUGCGAUGGCAAGGACGAUUGUCGGGACAACAGCGACGAGCUACCGGACAAUUGCCCCAAGUGCUCCGCAGAGACGGACUUCAAAUGCGGCAACAAUCGAUGCAUACCAAAGCAAUGGAUGUGCGACUUUGCGGAUGAUUGUGGCGAUGCCAGCGAUGAGAACGAUGCGAUUUGCAAGGGUCGCUAUCGGGAGUGCUCCGAAUCGGAGUUUAGAUGCGGCAACGGCAAGUGCAUCUCAUCCCGCUGGCAAUGCGAUCACGAGGAUGACUGCGGCGACAACUCGGAUGAGAUGAACUGCGAGGGUUAUCAGUGCAAGAAUGGCACAUUCCAAUGCGCCUCGGGCCACUGCAUCGCCAGCUAUUUCCGCUGUGAUGGCGAUCGCGAUUGUCGCGAUAUGUCCGAUGAGGUUGGCUGUCCGCCCCGAUUCCCCGGCGGCCGCUUCUGUCCGGAAUCACGGUUCCAGUGCACCAACAAUCUGUGCGUAUCCCUGACGGAUCUGUGCGACGGCACCGAUGACUGCGGCGAUGGCAGCGACGAGGAUCCCAAGGUCUGCAGCGAUUUCAAUUGCGACACCCUGCGACGCUUCCAGUGCGCCAAUCAUCGUUGCGUUGCCCGCUAUCAGAUCUGCGAUGGCAUCGACAACUGCGGCGAUGGCAGCGACGAGAAUAACAUGACCCUCUGUGCCAGCAAACAGAAGCCCUGCGAUCUCUAUACCCAAUAUCAGUGCGCCAACAAGCACUGCAUCGAACGUGCCCAGGUCUGUGAUUUCUCUGAUGAUUGCGGCGAUGCCAGCGAUGAACUGGGCUGCCAUCAUACGAGCAGCUGCUCGGAACAGAAUCGCGGCGGUUGUCAGCAUCAUUGUCACAAUCUAACCGAUGGCGGCUACAUAUGCACCUGUUAUCCGGGCUACAUCAUUGCGCCGGACAACAAAAAGCGUUGCGCCGAUGUCGAUGAGUGUGCAACAAGGCAACACACAUGCUCGCAUCAGUGCCACAACAUGAAUGGCACAUAUUCGUGUAGCUGUCGCGACGGUUUCCAUCUCUCCGAUGGCAGCAGUGGCGUCUGCAAGGCCGAGAAGGAUGAUGUCAUUUUGGUGUUUGCCAAUGGGCCCGAAAUACGCGGCCUUGAUCUCCAAAAGAAGGAGGAGUUCGAUGUGAUUGCAGCGGAGAAACGCAUCGAGGCCCUCGACUAUGAUGCCCAACAGCAGAUCGUAUUCUGGGCGGAUAGCUACGAUAAGACAAUCAAGCGCUCCUAUAUGGUGAAUGCGGCAGAUGGCCAGGCAAAGAUCGGUUUUGCUCAGGACCUCAAUAUGAAGGGUGGCUCGAAGCCGACGGCCGUUGCCGUUGAUUGGCUGGCCUCGAAUCUAUACUGGACAGAGGUGGAUCGGACUGGUUCGAAGCCGCGUGGUCGCGUCAUGGUGGCCAAAACGGAUGGACGCUAUCGCAGAUCGAUUGUGAAUGCUGGAUUGGAGGUGCCGACGUCUAUAGCAGUGAAUCCACAGCUGGGACGCAUCUAUUGGGCCGACGCUGGCUCUGCGCCCAAAAUCGAAGUCUCCUGGAUGGAUGGAUCCAAGCGACGUCCGCUUAUUACCGAACAAAUUCGUCAUCCCGCUGGCCUCACCAUUGACUACGCACAGGAUCAUAUCAUCUACUGGGUGGAUACCAAGCUCAAUGCCAUUGAAUCGAUGCGAGCCGACGGCUCACGACGCAAGGCCAUCGUUAAGGGUGACCAACUGCGUCAUCCCGUCUCCCUGGAUCUGUUCGAAUCCAAUAUGUUCUGGGUGACACGCGACACGGGCGAGCUGCUGCGCCAGGAUAAGUUUGGGCGCGGCGUUCAGGUGGUGGUGCAUCGCAACCUCGUCAAUCCGUCCGGCCUGAAGGUCUACCACGAGAAGCGGUACAACACCUCGCUGCGGAAUCCGUGCCACGAGUCGAGCUGCUCGCAUCUGUGUCUGCUGGUGCCCGGCGGACAUCGUUGCGCCUGUCCAGACACUUCCGGCCCGUUGCCCUCGCAUCGCAGCACCGCCGAAGUCAUUUGCGAUGCGGCAGCGGAACGCCCACGGCCCUCACCACGCAUCUGUCCGUGCCAGAACACCGGCCUCUGCAAGGAGGAUGAUCGCGGCGAGCUAUACUGCGACUGUCCGCCCGACUUCAAGGGCGACCACUGCGAGCGGAGCACAACGGGCGCCUUCGGGCAUGGCGGCGCCAAUGUCACCGCUGUCGUCGUGCCCAUCAUGGUCAUACUCCUGGUCAUGAUGGCCGCCGCCGGUGCCUGGUAUGUCAUCCGCAAACGUCCAUUCGGCAAAUUGGCGCGCAUGCCAGCAAUAACGUCAUCCCAGAGCGUCACCUUCCGGCACGGCUCGAAUGUGGAGUUCAGCGAGAGCGGCUUUCCGGGCGCCUCGGCACCCGGCGCCAACGACAUGGCGCCCAUCGAGGGCUACAACCUGCAGACGGUGAAUGCGAACAAGGCUCGCGACUUUGCCAAUCCCAUGUACGAUGCUGUACAAUCGGGCACCAACACCGAUCCGGGCAUGAGCAAUGGCUCAGGCAUCUAUGAUGUGCCACAGGAACCGUCCAAGUCAAAGGCCAUGGGCCAUUCUGGGUCGUUCACGGAGCCCGCCUCGGCCAUAAUAGCGCCCAGCAGCAUUACGCACAAGUCAUCGCCGCAGUUGCAGCUGCGCACCAGGGAGCUGGACCCAUCGGCCGAUACCGGCAAGGACACACAGUAUCUGGUCGAGGAGGAUAAGUCAGAGUGCUGAUAUCAAGCUUAUCAGGCAGCGGUAUCGCGAUCGCUCAGCUGUCGACGUCAGCAGCGAUCGAAGGCACGCCCAAAUAGUUAUCCGCUGCACACAUAGCAUCGACUCAUCCAACAACAUCAACAACAUAAGCAACAAGAACAACAACAGCAACAACAACAGCAGCAACAACAACAACAACAUAGCAAGCAUCACAAAUCUUGGCAUGCAGCCAGCAGCGAGGGCAACACAAGGCAAACCACUAAAGUCUAGAGUUUAUACACAUAUAUAUACAUAUAUAUAUAUAUACCCUCGCUGAAACCAAUCUUUACCCCCGCCCUCACUUUUACACUACCCCCGCAAACACAUAUCCUUGGAGACGAAUGAGGGGGGCAAAUGGAAGCGCCCCGAUAAACUAACAACAACAACAACAAAAAAAAACAAAGCAAACAAAAAAGAAAAGAGAAAAAAAAA